CUUCAGAUAGAACAGAUCCUCUAUAUAAUGAAUCCAUAACUUCACAACUCCAUAGAACGAGAUCAUUACUUUCCAUCCUUGAUUUCACCGAUCAAGCUCAUCCAAAGUUAGAAGGAAGAUUUAGAGAGGCUGCAAACAAUGGAUGACAAUCAGGCUCUCAUUCCACGGUGUACCCGAAGCCGAACUCGUGUUCAUUGCCCGCCCGGCGCCACUCGCCGCCUUCUACAAUGACCGGAUCCGCCCCAUGCUCGAUGCGAUCGACAGGCUGCGAAACCUCAUGGUCAUCAAGGAGGGCAUCCAGCUCCCCACCAUUGUCGUCGUCGGCGACCAGUCCUCAGGCAAGUCGAGCGUCCUCGAGUCCCUCGCUGGCAUCAACCUGCCACGGGGGCAGGGCAUCUGCACCCGCGUCCCCGUCAUGCGGCUCCAGGACAGCCCUUACGCCAGCCGCCCCGAGAUCUACCUUGAAUUCAACGACAAAUUCGUCCACACGGACGAGGACAACAUCUCUGUGGCCAUUAAUGACGCCACCAACAAGAUUGCGGGCCAUGGGAAGGGCAUAUCGAACGCCCGGCUGAAUCUGGUCGUCAAGAAAGACGGCGUCCCGGACUUGACCAUGGUGGACUUGCCUGGAAUCACGAGAGUGCCCGUGCACGGCCAGCCGGGGAACAUCUACGAGAAGAUCUCGGAGAUGAUAAUGGAGUACAUAAGGCCUGAGGAGACCAUCAUCCUCAAUGUCUUGUCCGCGACGGUUGACUUCUCCACUUGCGAGUCCAUAAGGAUGUCGCAAAUGGUGGACAAAACCCGCAAGAGGACUCUGGGCGUCGUCACAAAGGUCGAUAAAGCUCCGGAGGGCCUGCUCGAGAAGGUGACGGCGGAUGAUGUCAAUAUAGGGCUUGGUUAUGUGUGUGUGAGGAACCGGAUUGGUGACGAGACCCACGAAGAAGCGAGGCUGGAAGAGGCGAAGCUGUUCGACACGCACCCUCUGCUGUGCAAGAUUGACAAGUCCAUCGUUGGUGUACCUGUUUUGGCACAAAAGCUGACGCAGAUUCAAGCCAUCAUGAUGGCCAAGUAUUUGCCGGAGAUCGUCCAGAAGAUCAAUGACAAGCUGAACGCGAAUGUCACCGAGCUUAAGAACUUGCCGAAGAAGCUGUCCUCGGUCACGGAGGCCAUGACGGCCUUCAUGCAGAUCCUGUGUUUGGCGAAGGCGUCGCUGAGCAAAAUCUUGCUGAGAGGCGAGUUCGAUGAGUACCCAGAAGAGGAGAACAUGCACUUUGCGGCCAGGCUAGUGGAGAUGUUGAACCAAUACUCCGAUGAGCUCCAAAAUUGUGCCGAGAAUGACCCGGGGACCAACUUCCUUUCGGAGGAAUUGAAGGUCUUGGAAGAGGCCAAAGGGAUCUGGCUCCCGAACUUCCUCCCUCGCACCGCCUUCCUCACCCUUUUCCAGCUGAAGGUGAAGGGGAUAUCAAGCAAGACGCCGAGUUUUGUGGCUCGUGUUUGGGAAGACAUUGAGGCGGUCGUGAUUCGGGUGUUGAUGAGACACUCGGAGAAUUAUCCUCAGCUUCAGUGGUCGAUGAGAAGAGCAGCGUCCAGUCUGAUUAACAAGAUGAAGGAGAAGGCGCUGGAUAGGAUGAUGGAAAUUGUCGAAAUGGAGAAGCUCACUAAUUACACAUGCAACCCUGAGUACACGUUGGAGUGGAACAACUUGAUGUCCCAGCAGAACAGAUUCAUGGACGUGAUCAACAACGUGUCGAAUCCUAGCAAAAUUGCUCAGGGGAUCGGGGAGGUCGACGUGGGCAACCUGAGGCAUCGUCGCAAGCAGCAGAUUCAGGAGGCGUUCGAUCUGAAGAUGAGGAUUACUGCGUACUGGAAGAUUGUGCUGCGGAGGUUCGUCGACUCGAUGGCGCUGCAUCUGAUGUUCAGCUUGCAGAACCUGUUGAACAACGAGAUGGAGGAGGAGAUUAUGGGGGAGCUAAUAGGGCCCAAUGGCAGCGGCGUCAUCGAGAAAAUUCUGGAAGAAGCGCCGUCGGUGGCGAUGAAGCGUGUUAAGCUCAAGAGCAUCAAGUUGUUGAGGGAGUCUGCGGAGGUAGUGGCCAAGAGCAUGGACCGGAUUGAUACAGAUGGUGACUUCAGUGAUUAGUUAAUGUUGUUCUAGUGGAUUUUCGUUUUUUUUUUUUUCAAAUGAGUGUGUUAAUGUUCCUGCUCUUGGAAUCAGCUUCUAAAUGAUGUUUUACUGGGUAUUUGUGCGUCUGCAAA